AUGGCCGACGUAGCAGCGCCCGUGUUCAAGAAGCGCACCAACAAAGCCAACCUCCGGAAACGACCCGCGACUGCUCCACCAGAAGACCAAUCCGCCUCUGAAUCCGACUACACCGACGAUGAAGGUGGCGUGCGAGUGAAGCGACGGAAGAGAGAAGGAGUAACGACCAGUAAUACAGGGCCACGACGGGCGCAAGAUCUCAGCAAAUCGACCGCUUUCGCAGCAGAUCGCACGACUACCCUCAGCGCGAAUGAUGAUGCGACAAAAGCCUCGAAUUGGUAUACAGAUGCCGCUUUGGCCGCGAAAGACGCUGGCGCAAAUGCGAAGCAGGGAAAAGAUGCUGCAGAGACGGCAGCAGAAAGAGAACAGGGCACAUACCAAGGCACAGCACAAUACUCGACCUUCAUCUCCAAGAAUCCCGACGCCCGCCAAAUGGGGCCCGUGAAAGCGCCCACGAACGUCCGCACGAUUACAGUCACCGAUUUUGCGCCGGAUGUUUGCAAAGACUACAAACAGACCGGAUUCUGCGGCUUCGGCGACAGCUGUAAAUUCCUGCAUGCCCGUGAGGAUUACAAGCAAGGCUGGCAAUUGGACAAGGAAUGGGAGAGUGUCGGCAGCAAAAAGAAGAAAGCUGGCGCAGAUGGCAAGGGAGGUGACGAUGACAUGGACGAGGAGGAGAAGAUGUUGGAGAAGAUCCCGUUCGCAUGUGUGAUAUGCAAAGAGGGGUAUAAGAAUCCGGUGGUGACAAAGUGCGGGCAUUAUUUCUGCGAGAAGUGUGCGAUGGGGAGGUAUAUGAAGGAGAAGAAAAAAAGCUGUGCAGCGUGUGGGGCAGACACGAAUGGGAGCUUUGGCGUGGCGAGGAAGUUGAAAGACUUGUUGGAGAAGAAGAAGAAGAGGAAGAAGGAGAGGAAGGCGAAGAUGAGGGAGGCCGGAGAGGCGGUCAGUGAGGAUGAGGAUUGACGUGACGACCGAGUAUGAAGCCUACAACACUCCCAGCAAUUCGAAAUCAGAUACGGUCGCUCUCCGUAUGGAUCAUUGUAUGAAACUCGGAGCCGACCGGCCUCGUCUGCUGUUCCGAAUGGAGCUGCAGCGUUGAACU